GGCCCCCGCCCCAGGAGGAGAGAGGCCGGCCCAGCGCUUCCGGGAGCCCCGCGGCGGAGCCCAGUGUCCGCAUCCUCCGGCACCUCUCUGGGAGUUUUGGACGUGAGGUCAGAGGCCCCACUCCCCGCGGGUGCGUAACGCCAACCCUGGCGCCUGGUUUGCCCUCUCCGAUCAGUCGGUCGGAGCCGGCCCAAUCUCCAGGGCCGAAGCGGAGACUUAACCGGCCGGACGCGUGCGGGGACCGCGGGACCAGAGCUGGCAGCGGAAGAGCCAGUGAUUCUCCCGCCCGCGCCUGCACGUACGGAGAUGGAACUGGGCGGGAAGCUCUCGCGCCCAGAUGCCCGUCCAGCCUCCAAACAAGGACACAGAGGAGAUGGAAGCAGAGGGCGACUCAGCCGCCGAAAUGAAUGGGGAGGAGGAGGAGAGCGAGGAGGAACGGAGCGGCAGCCAGACCGAGUCCGAAGAGGAGAGCUCAGAGAUGGACGAGGAGGACUAUGAGCGGCGCCGCAGCGAGUGCGUCAGUGAGAUGAUGGACCUGGAGAAGCAGUUCUCGGAGCUGAAGGAGAAGUUGUUCAGGGAAAGACUGAGUCAGCUGCGGGUGCGGCUGGAAGAAGUGGGAGCUGAGAGGGCGCCCGAAUACACGGAGCCCCUGGGGGGGCUGCAGCGGAGCCUCAAGAUUCGCAUUCAGGUGGCAGGGAUUUACAAGGGCUUCUGUCUGGACGUGAUCAGGAACAAGUAUGAGUGUGAACUGCAGGGAGCCAGGCAGCACCUGGAGAGUGAGAAGCUGCUGCUCUAUGACACGCUGCAGGGCGAGCUGCAGGAGCGGAUCCAGAGGCUGGAGGAGGACCGCCAGAGCCUAGACAUCAGCUCUGAGUGGUGGGAUGACAAACUGCACGCCAGAGGCAGCUCGAAGACAUGGGACUCCCUGCCGCCCAACAAGAGGAAGAAGGCGCCUCUCGUUUCCGGCCCCUACAUCGUGUACAUGCUGCAGGAAAUUGACAUCCUGGAGGACUGGACGGCCAUCAAAAAGGCGAGGGCAGCUGUGUCCCCUCAGAAGAGAAAAUCAGAUGGACCUUGACCCUGCUCUUCACAGCCAGGGCGGCCCCUUGGAGCAGCUGGCACCAAACCCAGGACUUGAACUUUACUGCUGCAGAAAGGCAGACUGACAGGCCCCUCGGGGUCUGCCCAGCCAGCUCUCCAGUGCUGCUCCGGGGUCCUCUGCUCCAGCCAUCACUGGUCUGGGCUCCUCCUCUGCCCUCCCCAGGGCCUGAACAGGGAAGGCCUGGAGCUGCCCGAGGCCAGCCGGACGGUCUCCUCUUUCCCCAGCCAGCCCACCACCGCCCCCUCCCGCAGGUCGCCCUCCUUGGAGCCCUCCCUGACGAAGACAUGCCUGUCUUAAGCCAAAGCAACAUCCUUUCUUCUGACCUUGCACCCCAGUCACUGAGCUGGGUCCUGCUUCGCAGGAACUCUUGAGCCAGAAAUUAUAUUUGGGGGACCUGCGUGUCCUGGCUGUUGCUGGAGGUGACAAGACAGGCUCCUCGGGUUUUCCUUCUCAAGGAGGUUCCUGGUGUCUGCCUCCCACAUUUCAGGGACUGGAAUUAAAACCUUUCCUGGGACUCUG